AUGUCUAACCAACAACAUGAUACAGUUCAGUCCGCCCCCCAGAGAACACCUACGUGUGUAAUCAAUCCGGCGAUAGACUUUCCAGACGAAGCUGAAAAAUUCCUAAUGACGGUCUAUAAGCAUUCAACGAAAAACAAACAUUCAACGGGUAAUGUUCAACUGGUCGCUGCUGAACUUGCACCCCUCUUUGGUUUUGGCCCUGAUUCAACCCAAGAUGUCUUAGCCAGAGCCAGGGCAUAUUAUAUCUUCAUAAGCCCUGAAAUAAAAAAACCACGCGAUGAAUUCGUCCUAGGUUACACCCGCAGCCGAUGGGGAAUUCCACUUCCCAAAUUCGCUCCCACACUAGCUCUCGUUAAGCAGCACAGGGAUGAAAUCGCAUGGCGGAACUUCGCACUAAGCCCGGUCGACAAAGACAGCCCUGCAGAAGAGCACUACGCACGAUUCAUAAUCCUCAUGUUAAAACAGCUAGAGGCACCUUACCCCGCAAGAACCGCCAUGCUAAAUUGGUUGAGAAAUCAUCGAUAUGACAGAGAAGAGACGUGGACAGAAGACGUCUGUUGGAUUUAUUUUCACACCCUCAUGUUCCUGCAGCUUAAGGCGAUGGAAAUAUGCAAGAAAAAAGCAACGUUCAAAGACCGCGCACGUCACCGCAUUAGCCAACUCGCAACGCCUGAUUCUUUUUGCGGCCUCUUAUGCACAUUGUCACGGAAGGGUCUCGAUGGGGUGGAGAAGGAGUCUUGA